AUGCCCACGACCUACGGCCAUAUGUUCUUCGAGGACAAGCGCGGCGUGGGUACGGUCUGCGACUGGCUGCCACAGCGCGGCAUCGGAUACUUGCUCUGCGGCUCCCCUCCGGAGAAAAUCAUCUUCCACAUGAACGAUGUGCCGAAGGACUACCUGAGAGCCAACGGCGGAAAGGCCGCUUGGAUGCACACGAGCUGA